AUGGGUAUGGCCCCGGCAUUGACUCCAGAAGUCGAAUUCUUGCUGACGUCGUUCCAGGUCCCUGUAGCUGCAGCUGUGGCGCCAACUGCGGUUGCCCUGCGGGAAAAUGCACAUGCAAAUAAGUCUAUAACGGGGCUCUGUUCGAUGACCUUGAAUUCCUCGUCAGGACACAAGAUUUGA